UUUCCACAAUCUAUUGAUGGGAAUCAAACUUAUCGUAAUCUGGAUGGUCUCCGGCCUCAUGGUCGAGGUCGGUCCCCGCGUCAUCGACAAGUGCGAGCUGAUAGCUCGCUUGCGGGAGAACCUUGGAGACAAGGUCGAGGAUAUAGGCCAACUUCUCUGCAUCGCCGAGAUCGGAAGCCAUUUCAACACCUCUGUUGUGACAAAAUUGCCGGACCAGACUUCCGACUAUGGGCUCUUCCAAAUCAACGAGCGCUACUGUUUCGAAGAAGGGAAUAGCUGCGGUCUGCCGCAAGAUUGUGAAUCACUGCUCACCAACAAUGUCACUCUGGCGAUAACAUGCGCGAGUCACAUCGCGCGAGCAGCUGGUUUCCCGGCGUUUUCAGUGUAUGUCGAAUUCUGCUCAGACGACCGCUGGAAGCGGAUAACGGAACUUUUCGUGGAAUUAGAUCAGAGCGACUUCUGA